GAGACAAGAAUGGCACGUAAAAUCUCUUAUGGGAGGUAACCGAAAUGCAUCUUUGAUUACAUUUGAUCAAGAUUGUAUAGAAUAUUCAAUGCAGUCACAUAUAUGCAAUACAUCAGAUUACAACAUAGACGCGAGUUUAACAAAUACAAGAAUGACACUUCUUUCUCCUAGUAAUAUUUGUUAUGUUCAUGUUGCACAAAAAUUUAUUUCAUGGUUGCCUAAGGCUAUGAUCAAAGGAAUUUUGAGAAUUGAAAUGCCUUAUAACAUCGCAAAAGCGCACUUAGAUUUGAAAACGCAAAUGUCUAAUGCGGCAAAUGUACCAAACUGCGCUUCUAACUGUGGUGUGUGUGGAAUUUUGAGAGAAGGCAAUAGAAUGCAAUAUUCCAGAUCAGGUCCUGGUAAAAUGUGGUUCGCCAGUGAUCCAUGCUAUUCAUUGGGUUACUGCAGAACUAAUGGAAUUAGAGCUAUGUUUUGCGUAGAUGUAUUAUAUAAUACAUUCGAUAAUGUUAUAAUAAUUGAAAAUGAUGCG